AUGGAUGAGACCGUCCCGUUUCCGACACUCGACUGGGAGCAUAACCGCGGAGCAUUACAAACAAGCAAGAGGAGGUUGCAGAAAGUAACACGAAGAGCAGAGGCGUUGAACCGUCUCUGCGAUACGGACCGAGCGGAACCAGCCCACGCCGUCUAUUUCGCCUUGCACCAUCCUCUGUCUCUGCCCCUUGUCAAUUCCAUGGCGCGGGUCAUUGGUGCGGAGCGUCGGUCAGGACAAGCAAAUGGCCCCGAGAUCGCGGAUCUGGCCGAAGUGCAGACAAUCAGGGCAGUGGUUCUGGCUUCUAAUGAGGUUCUGCGCCAUCAUCCGAAAGCGCUCAAGAGCCUUGCCAAACAAGUCAAUAGGAAAGUCAACCUUUUGAUCGAACAUCAGCGCACCAUCCAGGAUCGACGUCUUGCUCAGGAAACCCAGAAUCAGAAUCAGAUGUCGGAAAUGGAUGGAGAUUCUGCUGAGCCAUUGCCUUCUCUUGGACAGUGA